CACUGACACCGAUUUGAAUGUGGUGCAGGAGUAGCUUUUUCCAAUCGAUGAUCUCAACUGAAGUUUCCUCUGUCAGCUUCGUGAAGAGGUGGAAGAAACUCCUCGAGAAUGACAAAAGUAUCGCCCAGGUUCAGCAUCGUUGAAGUUUGCGGCGGGAAAAGGCAAAGGGAACUUAAUGCCGUUUAAGUCCCAACUAUGCGGUUCAAACAAAGACGGCAGUGAUUUUUGGUCUUGGUGGUUUUCUGCACUGCCCCUGCUAGCCAGGGUUGGGUCCCGUUACAGUUGGGAGUCGGCGGCUCACCAAGAUGUCUGUGGAGGAGCAGGAAUAUCCCGAAGCGGUACUGGUGACAGAGGCCGGGCCGCAGUGGCUUCGAGUCGAGGUCGAGCGUCUUACCAGGGAGCUCCGUGAGACCACCCAUGAGAAAAUCCAGGCGGCUGAGUACGGGCUGGCGGUGCUGGAGGAGAAACAGCAGCUCAAGCAGCGAUUUGACGAGUUGGAGACCGAGUACGAGACGGUCCGACAGGAGCUGGAUCAGCUGAAGGAGGCCUUUGGACAAGCCUACUCAGCCCACAGGAAGGUGGCAGCAGAUGGAGAAAGCAGGGAAGAGUCACUGAUCCUGGAGUCUGCCAGCAAGGAGGCUCUCUACCAGCAGAAGGUCCUAGACUUGCAGAAUGAUCUCCGACACGCCAAAGCCUCCCUCACCAGUGUACAAGCUGAAAAUGAUCGCCUGUCGUCCAUUGCCCUGGAGAUGAGAGAGAAUUGCGAGCUGGCAGAGCUGCAGCGAGGUCAGCUGCGUGAUGACAUGAGAGAGUGCAAGGUGCGGGAGGCUCGUCUGCUGCAGGACUACAGCGAGCUGGAGGAGGAGAACAUCUCUCUUCAGAAACAAGUCUCAGUGCUGAGACAGAACCAGGUGGAAUUUGAAGGUCUAAAGCACGAGAUCAGCCGUGUGGAGGAGGACUCCCAGUGCCUACACAGCCAGCUGGAGGAAGCCAUGCGUCUGAAAGAAAUCGCCGAGCGACAGCUGACGGAGGCCUUAGAAACGAUUAAAACCGAGCGUGAGCAGAAGGCCACUCUUCGCAAGGAGCUCUCCCACUAUAUGACCAUCGGCGGCUCCGUGUACAGCAGCUCUUUCAAUAUCUCCAUCGACAACCUAAAACUCCACGAUGAUCCCUCCGCCAUCACCGAGCCCGACAACGACGAUCUAAUCCGAGGCUUUGAAAACGGCUUGACCAAGACAGGCGAAGGUGAUGAGGACUACAGACAGGCAGUGAACAAGAGAGGGGGGGCUUUCCAGCCAGCUCCGAGUCUGGUGGACGACCUGCUGAGUGAGCUCAACAUCUCUGAGAUCCAGAAACUCAAACAACAGCUUGCGCAGGUGGAGCGGGAGAAAAUGGCCCUGAUCAACUCUCUCCAGGAGAACCAGAAGCACCUGGAACAGGCCUAUGGGACUGUGUCCGAGCAAAAGGAAACGGUCAACAGGCUGACUGAGAACCUCGCUGCAAUGAGGAAACUUCAGGCCAGUAAGGAGCGCCAGUCUGCCCUCGACAGUGAAAAGGACAGGGACAGCCAUGAUGAUGGAGACUACUACGAGCUGGACAUUAAUGGACCCGAGAUUCUGCAGUGUAAAUACACGGUGGCGGUGUCUGAAGCUGGAGAGUUGAGGCAGGAGCUGAAGACUCUGAGGUCACAGUACGAGGAGUGUCGAACUCAGUACGAACAUGAGCGAGCGCGGCUGGACAGCGACGUCCAGGAGUUGAGGUCAAAGUUGGCGUCCCUGGAGAAGAUUAGCCAAGCAGAUCAAGCAGAGGUGGCUCGUCUGGAGAAGGAGCUCCGUCUGGUCAGCGAGGCUGCAGGAGAAUCACUCGGCAGCCUUAAUGUGGCCCAGGACGAGCUCAUAGCUUUCAGUGAAGAGCUCGCCAACCUUUACAACCAUGUGUGUAUGUGCAACAAUGAGACCCCUAACCGUGUCAUGCUCGACUACUAUAAGGAAGGCAAGGCCACAGUAAGAAGGGGGCAUGAAGAGAAGGAGCACCAGUCUUCCAUACUUCUCACCAACGGGCUGAUCACUGAGACUGAACAGGAAAAUUCCCACGGCGCCACACCUACCCCUGCCCGAGAGCCGCGGCCAGAACCCAUGAACGUCUAUAACCUCGUAGCCAUCAUCAGAGACCAGAUCCGCCACCUGCAGCAGGCAGUGGACCGCACCACAGAGCUGUCACGUCAGAGACUUGCCAAUCUAGAGCUGGGCACAGUGGCAGACAAGGACAAAGAUGCUUGCAUGGAAGAGAUCCUCAAAUUGAAGUCCCUGCUCAGCACCAAAAGGGAACAGAUUGCCACACUCAGAGCUGUGCUCAAGGCCAAUAAACAGACAGCUGAGGUUGCUCUGGCCAACCUGAAGAGUAAGUAUAACAGCGAGAAGGCUAUGGUGACUGAGACGAUAACGAAGCUCCGCAAUGAACUCAAGGCUCUGAAAGAGGAUGCCGCUACAUUCUCCUCUCUUCGAGCCAUGUUUGCUACAAGGUGCGACGAGUACGUGACCCAGCUGGAUGACAUGCAGAGGCAGCUGGUUGCUGCUGAAGAUGAGAAGAAGACCCUGAACUCUCUGUUGCGUAUGGCCAUCCAGCAGAAACUGGCUUUAACUCAGCGCCUGGAGGACUUGGAGUUUGACCAUGAGCAGGCACGCCGCAACAGUGCCACAGCAAUGGGAGGCAAGGGCAAAACAAAGGCCAAGGGAGCCUCUUCCAACCAUCAUUAAAUCUAUCAUGCCAAGACUGCUUAAGGAGGUCCGUGUCCCUGGUUCCUUCACUCUCUAAUCAUGGUCCAAAUCAUGCUGUCGCUAACACAAGAACAUAUCCAACAGUAUUUGCCAAGGGUCUUGUUUUAGAGUGCCAAAUCCAGUAUGUAAAAUAUUGUCGAACAUUUUGACUGCAGAAAGAAUGACUCAUCGCAUCAGCUGCCCACUGCAGUCCUUGAGUCUUCCAACAAUAUGCACCACUAUUAUUAUUGAACCAGAGAAAGAA